AUGGAUGUGAGAAAUGUAAGAAAAGGAGAUGAAAAUGACCUAUCAAACAUCAAAAGGCCAUGUCGUGUGUACGAUAUGUUCUGCAUCAGGAAGUACUUUGCCAAGCACUCUCGUUGUAAGGAAGCCCUCGGACCAGCACCGACUCCAUUGUAUAAAGCUCAGUCUACUUUUUAUAUACCGAGAGCGAAUUUGACCAUAACAUCACUUAGGGUUGAGUAUUCAGGAAUCAAUGGGCAAGUUGUGGAGUUUUAUAUAAACAAGAAGACUAACAAGCUGGUGCUCGCAGUGGAAUUCAAGGCCUUUAUGUUUAGGGCUGAUGAAAAUUAUUUUAGAUUCCACCGUAGAGGAAAGGAACCUAUUGUUAACAUGGAACCAAUCUUCAAUAUUACUUAUCCUUCUCUUGUGGGGACAAUUACCAUACCAAAUCUAAAGGAUUUACGGUUUAAAGACAGCGAGUCUUUUCUGUACAGAGACGAGCCUGAACUUAUUGUUGUGAUUGGCCCUAGGGCAUUCUCGGGCACUGGUAAUGAACAUUAA